GUCGCGAUGGCAUCCGCGAUAUCCUUUGGCGACGCCAAUGCCGGCUUCCAAGCCGGAAUAAUCAACGGUCCGACCAGUACUGAGUUUCAUCACCAUCACCAUGCCACUCCUGAGAGACCAGAGACCCCACCGAACCCGUCAAUCGUCAUACCCUUCAGUCGCGACACAGACUUCGUCGAGCGAGGGACAAUACUUGAUCAGAUCUAUCAGAAAUGUGCCGUCUCCGGAUCCCGAACCGCGCUCGUUGGCCUAGGCGGCGUCGGCAAGUCGCAACUCGCCAUCGAACACGCGUACCGAACUCGAGACCUGUCCCCGGAAACGUGGGUGUUCUGGGUCCACGCGAGCAAUGCGGCCCGGUUCGAGCAGAGCUUUCGCGAUAUUGCAGACCGUGUCAAGAUCUUUGGGCGGCAGAAUCCAGCGGCCAAUAUUUUCCAGCUCGUGCACAACUGGCUGUGCGACGAUAGGAAGGGGAAGUGGGUUCUGAUACUAGACAAUGUGGACGAUGCUGGUUUCCUUAUCAGGGAUCAAAGUGGCAGUCAGGAUGACCAAAAAGGUAGCAAUGGCUGUGGCAAUGUGCGACCUCUUGUAUCAUACCUUCCGCGAAGCCUAAACGGAUCGAUUCUCAUAACAACACGAAGCAAGAGCGCCGCGCAGAAACUGGUCGAUGAAAAGAAUAUUGUUGCAAUUGAUCCAAUGGAUAGGGCGGAUGCGCUAGAACUCUUUGAGAAGAAGCUAGGAAAGGACGACGGGGGCGAUGACGCUACCAAGCUCGCCGCGGCGCUCGAAUAUAUGCCACUUGCCAUAGUUCAAGCUGCUGCAUAUAUCUCACAAAGGGUGCCGCGCUAUUCUCUACAGCAAUACCUUCAAGAUUUCCGUAAGAGCGAUCGCAAGAAAACCAGUCUUCUUAUCCCCGAGGGCGACCACGAGGGCGAACAGCUGCGGCGAGAUUGGGAGGCGGAGAACUCUAUCCUUAUCACAUGGCAAAUAUCAUUCGAUCAUAUCCGUGAAAAAAGACCAUCAGCUGCUGAUUUACUGUCGCUUAUGAGCUUUUUUGACCGGCAAGGAAUUCCCGAGGCUCUACUUCGGAAUCAAGACGAGCGGCGUAACUCGCAACAAGACCAGAAAGAGAGCAACGACGAUAAUGACACAUCACAGUCCAGCCUAAGUGAUGGAUUUGAAGAAGAUGUCUUGGCCCUACGAAAUUACUCAUUCAUCUCUGUUAACACGGAUGGCACAACCUUCGCAAUGCACGGACUGGUACAGCUAGCCACGCGAGACUGGCUCAAAUCUCACAAGCAGCAAGAGCGGUGGAAACAACAGUUUAUCAGGAAUCUUGAUGUACAGCUUCCGACCGGAGAACACGAGAAUUGGGUAACGUGCCAAGCGCUUUUCCCGCACGCGCAAUCAGCAGCACAACAGCAGCCUAAAGAACAAGACUCGUUGGCAGAAUGGGCUUCAAUACUAUACAAGGCAGCAUGGUACGCCUGGAGAAUGGGGAAAGGCGUGGAGGCGGAGGAGAUGUCGGUUCAGGCAAUGAAAGUCAGAAAAAGGAUUCUUGGUCAAGAUCAUAAUGAUACGCUAAGCAGUAUGGCGAUGGUAGGCCUGGCGUAUGAGCUUAAGGGCCGAUGGGACGCUGCUGAAGAGCUGUUUGUGCAA